AUGAUUUCAUGGAAAGCAACAAUAAUCAACUGGAUUAUUUUCGUCAUUUUGUACGCAAUUUCAAGAUGGAAAGGAUCAGAUAAGAACUGGGGAUCAUUACUCCAAGCACAAGCGUUUUACAAGGCAUACAGACAUGCAAUGUCAACACAAAGAAUUUCCUUGAAUCCAAAGUUGUUCAGAAUCAAUUUACUCACAAUUGUUGAUGAAAACGAGAAAUUUGAAGAGACAUCAUUACCUUUCAUUGACAAAGUUAUCGGUGGCGAAGGUUUCUGCAUCGUUUCUCAAAUGAUUAAUGAAUCACAUGGACUCAAUGUUGCUAUUGAACAUAGAAACAAUUUGCAGAAAUAUUAUGCAAAUUCUCAUAAUGUAUUUUAUGAAACAAUCAUGGCUACUUCACCAAGAGAAGCUUUGGUUAGACAAAUGCUCACAGCUGGCGUUGGAGCAUUCCGUCCAAACACAGUAUUUAUGGAUUUAGAUGGACGUUCUGAAGCAGAUAUCCAUGAAAUGACAAUGGAAAUUUUGCAGGCUAAGUAUGGUUUGAUAUUAGCAACAAGACCAAAUGAAAUCAAUUUGUCGAGUGAUUACAUCGAUAUAUACUGGCUCUCCGAUGAAGGAGGCUUGACUGUUUUGACAGGAUAUAUCAUGGCAAAGACACUUAAGUAG